AUGUUUGGGGCUCCCAUGGCUUUGGAUUUUGUAGUGCUUUUCUGCUUGGCAUCUGCAAUUGCCGCCGUGGAAGAAACCCUAAUGGAUACUCGGACAGCCACAGCUGAACUUGGCUGGACAGCAAAUCCACCUUCAGGGUGGGAAGAAGUCAGUGGCUAUGAUGAGAACCUCAACACAAUCCGUACUUACCAGGUGUGCAAUGUUUUUGAGCCCAACCAGAACAACUGGCUUCUCACCACUUUUAUAAACCGACGGGGUGCACACCGCAUUUACAUAGAGAUGCGCUUCACUGUGCGGGACUGUAGCAGCCUUCCCAAUGUCCCUGGCUCUUGUAAGGAAACAUUCAACCUGUACUAUUAUGAAACAGACUCUGUCAUUGCCACCAAGAAGUCGGCCUUCUGGACAGAGGCCCCCUACCUCAAAGUGGACACUAUUGCUGCAGAUGAGAGUUUCUCUCAGGUGGACUUUGGUGGUAGACUGAUGAAAGUGAACACAGAGGUGAGGAGCUUUGGACCUCUCAAUCGCAAUGGCUUUUACCUCGCCUUUCAGGAUUAUGGGGCAUGCAUGUCACUGCUGUCAGUAAGGGUUUUCUUUAAAAAAUGCCCUAGUGUGGUGCAAAAUUUUGCCAUCUUCCCAGAGACUAUGACAGGAGCAGAAAGCACCUCUCUGGUGAUUGCACGAGGUACAUGCAUUCCCAAUGCUGAGGAGGUGGAUGUGCCAAUUAAAUUGUACUGCAAUGGAGAUGGGGAAUGGAUGGUUCCCAUUGGCCGCUGUACCUGCAAGGCUGGAUAUGAGCCUGAGAACAACAUGGUCUGCAAAGCAUGCCCAGCAGGGAUGUUCAAGGCAAACCAAGGUGCAGGUAUCUGCACUGAGUGUCCCUCCAACAGUCGUUCCACAUCAGAAGCUGCUCCCAUCUGCACUUGCCGCAAUGGAUAUUACCGUGCUGACGCAGAUCCACCAGAGAUUGCAUGCACCAGCGUUCCUUCAGGGCCUCGUAAUGUGAUCUCCAUUGUCAAUGAAACAUCGAUUAUACUAGAAUGGCAUCCACCUCGGGACACAGGCGGACGUGAUGAUGUGACCUACAACAUUGUUUGCAAGAAGUGUCGCUCUGAUCGCCGUAGCUGCUCCCGCUGUGAUGAUAAUGUGGAAUUUGUGCCAAGGCAGCUGGGCCUCACAGAAACCCGGGUCUUCAUCAGCAAUCUAUGGGCCCACACACCAUAUACCUUUGAGAUCCAAGCGGUCAAUGGAGUCUCCAACAAAAGCCCUUUCCCACCACAGCACGUUUCAGUGAACAUCACCACCAACCAAGCCGCUCCCUCCACAGUUCCCAUCAUGCACCAGGUAAGUGCCACCAUGAGGAGCAUCACACUGUCGUGGCCUCAGCCGGAACAGCCCAAUGGCAUCAUCCUGGACUAUGAGAUCCGUUACUACGAGAAGGUGAGCCGGAUCUGCAUCCCCGAGAUUAGCAGUACUAUGGGCUCAAGACCAGCCACCGACCACAGUGAGUACAACUCCUCCAUGGCCAAGAGCCAGACCAACACAGCACGGAUCGAUGGGCUGAGGCCAGGGAUGGUGUAUGUGGUACAGGUGCGGGCUCGGACGGUGGCUGGCUAUGGGAAAUACAGUGGGAAAAUGUGCUUCCAAACUCUGACAGAUGAUGACUACAAGUCAGAACUGAGAGAGCAACUGCCAUUGAUUGCUGGGUCUGCAGCUGCAGGAGUUGUCUUUAUUGUCUCCUUGGUGGCUAUUUCAAUCGUUUGCAGCAGGAAGCGAGCUUACAGUAAAGAGGCAGUGUAUAGUGAUAAGUUACAGCACUAUAGCACUGGUCGAGGCUCCCCAGGAAUGAAGAUCUACAUUGACCCUUUUACCUACGAGGAUCCCAAUGAAGCUGUUCGUGAGUUUGCCAAGGAAAUUGAUGUGUCUUUCGUGAAGAUUGAAGAAGUCAUUGGAGCAGGGGAGUUUGGCGAAGUAUAUAAAGGGCGCCUGAAACUGCCUGGAAAGAGAGAAAUCUACGUGGCUAUAAAAACAUUAAAGGCUGGCUACUCAGAGAAGCAGCGACGGGAUUUCUUGAGUGAGGCCAGCAUCAUGGGUCAGUUCGAUCAUCCAAACAUCAUUCGGCUGGAGGGGGUGGUUACCAAAAGCCGACCAGUGAUGAUUAUCACAGAAUUUAUGGAAAAUGGAGCAUUGGACUCCUUCCUGCGACAAAAUGAUGGGCAGUUCACAGUAAUCCAGUUAGUGGGGAUGCUACGAGGGAUUGCAGCUGGUAUGAAGUACCUUGCAGAAAUGAAUUAUGUCCACCGAGAUCUUGCAGCCAGGAAUAUACUGGUCAACAGCAACUUGGUCUGUAAAGUGUCUGACUUCGGACUCUCACGCUACCUACAAGAUGACACCUCGGACCCAACCUACACCAGUUCAUUGGGUGGAAAGAUUCCAGUGAGGUGGACAGCUCCAGAGGCCAUUGCCUACCGCAAAUUCACUUCUGCCAGCGAUGUAUGGAGUUAUGGCAUUGUCAUGUGGGAAGUAAUGUCCUUUGGGGAAAGACCGUAUUGGGACAUGUCUAAUCAAGAUGUAAUUAAUGCAAUUGAGCAAGACUAUCGGCUCCCUCCUCCUAUGGACUGCCCAGCUGCCCUCCAUCAGCUAAUGUUAGACUGCUGGCAGAAAGACCGCAACACCCGGCCACGUUUUGCUGAAAUAGUCAACACCCUAGAUAAAAUGAUCCGAAACCCAGCAAGCCUAAAAACUGUGGCUACCAUCACCGCUGUGCCUUCUCAGCCACUGUUAGAUCGCUCCAUCCCAGAUUUCACUGCCUUUACCUCAGUAGAAGAUUGGCUCAGUGCCAUCAAAAUGAACCAGUACAGAGACAAUUUUCUGACCGCUGGAUUCACAUCUCUUCAAUUAGUUGCGCAAAUGACAUCAGAAGAUCUUCUAAGAAUAGGGGUUACCUUGGCUGGACACCAGAAGAAGAUCCUGAACAGUGUGCAGUCUAUGAGGGUGCAGAUGAGCCAGUCACCGACUUCAAUGGCAUGA